AAAGAGCAUUAAUGGCCUAGCAGAAAUGAAAAGAAAAAGAUGAACAAGAUCUGUGUUCCUCUUUACUAUUUCCUCUCGAGCUCAAUCUGGACCUCCAUUGAAGAAGAAUCAUCUCAAGAGUAGGAGCUUUAUCGAAUCCACUCAAUUCAUUCAAUUUUCCGAUUUGAGCUCUGGGGUGGCCUCUGUACGCUGCAGUAGAGUUCAGAUCGGGUUGUUGCAGUGUAUGGCAUUUUUCGGGACUAGUUCGGAUUUGAAUUUCUGAUUACAAUUAUUCACUUUCAAGGGGUUUUUGUUUGGAUUUGUUGAAAUAAUUGAAACCUUGAAGAGUUUCUUAGUAGGAACUGUGAAUCUAAAACCCCUUUUGGUUUCUGGGUUUUUAUUUCUAGUGGGUGAAACCCUAGAAAUGGUUUGAAGUUGUUGGAAGAUGUGGAAAUUUUUGAAUAGUUUGAAUUGUAGAAGAAAAAUGGGAAAAACGAUAGCUUUGUUCAAGUAAUAAAAAGGAAAAGAAUCAAUGGAAGAUUGGUCAAAGUAUGCUCACAGUCCUGCUCAUUCGGCAGUUGCACGCCGUGACUAUGCUACCCUCAAAAACAUUAUCUCGACCCUCCCUCGGCUGGCAAAAGCCGGCGAAGUUAAUACUGAAGAGGAAUCUAUUGCUGCCGAGCUUCAAGCUGAUGCUGUAUCGGCAGUUAUUGAUCGGCGGGAUGUUCUGGGCCGUGAGACCCCUUUGCAUCUUGCAGUGCGCCUAAGGGACCUGACCUCUGCUGAGAUUUUAAUGGCGGCGGGUGCUGACUGGAGUCUCCAGAAUGAGAAUGGCUGGAGUGCUCUCCAAGAAGCGGUUUGCUCCAGAGAGGAAAAUAUUGCUAUGAUCAUUGCUCGGCAUUACCAGCCUCUUGCCUGGGCCAAAUGGUGCCGUAGGCUUCCUCGCAUUGUCGCUUCUGCGACUCGAAUUCGUGAUUUUUACAUGGAGAUAACCUUCCAUUUUGAGAGCUCCGUGAUUCCAUUCAUCGGUCGCAUUGCCCCAUCUGACACUUAUCGAAUUUGGAAGCGUGGUUCCAAUCUUCGUGCUGAUAUGACCCUUGCUGGCUUUGAUGGGUUCCGAAUUCAACGGUCUGAUCAGACUUUCCUAUUCCUUGGAGAUGGAUAUUCUUCUGCAGAUGGGAAUAUCUCUUUGCCUCCUGGCUCUUUGAUUGUGCUUGCUCAUAAAGAGAAAGAAAUCACAAAUGCUUUGGAGGGUGCUGGUGCUCAACCGACAGAAGCUGAAGUUGCCCACGAAGUGGCUUUGAUGUCUCAAACUAACAUGUAUAGGCCAGGUAUUGAUGUCACUCAGGCUGAACUGGUUUCCCAUCUAAAUUGGAGGCGGCAAGAGAGGACUGAGAUGGUUGGGAAUUGGAAGGCCAAGGUCUAUGAUAUGCUUCAUGUGAUGGUGAGUGUUAAAUCAAGGCGGGUCCCUGGUGCUAUGACAGAUGAGGAGCUUUUUUCUGCGGAUGAUGAUGAAAAGUUAGGACAUGAAGGUGACUAUGAUGACGUAUUGACAGCUGAAGAAAGGAUGCAGUUAGAUUCUGCGCUUCACAUGGGAAAUUCAGAUGUUCUAUGUGAGGAUGAUGAACAUGGGAUUCAGGAUGGUCAUGAAAACGGCGAUUCCUUUGAAAGUUGUGAGCCCAAUGGUGUUACGAAAGAGAGGAAGAGUUGGUUUGGUUGGAAUAAGAAAGGUUCAAAACUUGGAGGUGAUGAUCCUGAGGAUUCAAAAAUUUUGAAGAAGUUCUCAAAGUUGGGCCCAGAAGGUAGCAGCCAGCGAGCCAAUGACAGUCGAAGAUCAUCUUCUGACAUUCCCAGGGAGGAUGCAGCGGACACUAAAAAGAACAAAGAUAAAAGCAGCAAGAAGAAAAAGAAGAAAGGGACCACAAGUGAAUCUAAGAGUGAAAGUGAGUAUAAAAAGGGUUUAAGGCCUGUUUUGUGGCUGACCUCAGAUUUCCCUCUAAAGACAGAAGAACUCUUGCCUUUACUUGACAUCUUAGCCAACAAAGUGAAAGCUGUUAGGAGACUGAGGGAUCUUUUAACUACUAAACUACCUCAUGGCACAUUUCCUGUUAAGCUUGCUAUUCCUAUUGUUCCAACCAUUAGGGUUCUCAUUACUUUUACAAAGUUUGAGGAGCUUCAACCAAUGGAGGAGUUCUCAACCCCUCCCUCCAGUCCCAUACAUUUUGAAGACGCCAAGGCCAAGGAAUCCGAGGGGUCCACAUCAUGGAUGUCAUGGAUGAAAGGAAGCCGAGGUGGGCAAUCAAGCGACGGUGAAAGCCGCAGCUUCAGGGAUGAUACUGACCCUUUUAACAUACCAUCCGACUAUUCAUGGGUCGAUGCCAAUGAGAAGAAGCGCCGAAUGAAGGCCAAGAAAGCCAAAAGCAAGAAACAUAGGAAACAACUAUCGGCAACUCGAAGCGGGGAUGGUGGGCGCGAGGAUUUGGAAGAAUAGCGGCAGGAGACAUCCGAAUUGAUACGUUGCUGCUUCGGGAUCAUUUGCAAGAAGGAGAUGUGGUAAAAAGACCAUUCCUUGCAUUCUGGCCUUUAUUCUUGUGCCCUUUAGAUUUGGAUGCGAUAGAAUGACUUGUUAGGGGAUUGAUUGUUUCUUGUUUCCAAAGAAGAAGAUCUCUAUCUUCGUUCCAUUGUUGUAUUGUUAUGUGACGUGAAAUUUGGGAGGAACAAAAUAUUCUUGUGUUCUUUUUUAAUAGCUUGUCUUUGUUCUAGUUUUUCUCAAACCUCAUCUCCAUGUAUCUACUACUAUAUCUGUUUUACAUUUUUGAUUGGAUUAUUCUUCUUAAUCCUCAGACUA